CUAGCUCUCAGCCACUCCCACUUACCUUCUUCACAGUAGUUGGCCUAGAGCUAGCUAGCUAAGCUACCAGUACAGUACGGUUGAUGAUGGCUCUCCGAGGUGUGCGAGUGGUGGAGAUGGCUGGACUAGCUCCUGCACCCUUUGCAGGCAUGAUACUGGCAGAUUUUGGUGCCUCAGUGGUGAGGGUAGACAAGCCUGACCAACCUCCUCUAGACACACUCGCAAGGAACAAGAGGUCAAUUGCUGUGAGUCUGAAGAGCCCUAGCGGUGUGGAGAUAGUUCGUAGGCUCUGUAGUCAGGCAGACGUGAUCAUUGAACCAUAUCGACCUGGUGUCAUGGAGAAGCUAGGUCUUGGUCCGAACGUCUUGAUGGAAUCUAAUCCACGAUUGGUGUACGCUCGACUGACUGGGUUUGGCCAAACUGGGCCACUGUCUCAUAGGGCUGGCCAUGACAUCAACUAUUUAGCUACUGCAGGACUGCUCUCUAUGUUAGGGAGGAAAGGGGAGAACCCAAUGGCCCCUAUUAAUCUGUUGGCAGAUUUUGCUGGAGGGAGCUUCUCUUGUGUGAUUGGAGUAUUGAUGGCUUUGUUUGAGAGAUCGAAAUCAGGCAAAGGUCAAAUAGUGGAUGCAGCUAUGGUGGAUGGAGCAGCUUAUCUUGGAUCUUUUCUACUGGCCUCGAGGAAGAUUGGUCUAUGGACUGGAGAGAGGGGAGAGAAUAUGCUGGACACUGGAGCACCUUUCUAUGACACGUACAAGACCUCUGAUGGCAAGUACAUGUCAGUGGGCGCCAUAGAACCUCAGUUCUAUACUGCACUGCUAGAGGGUCUUGGUAUGAGUGAGGCAGACCUUCCUAACCAGAUGGACAACAGUGCUUGGGAUGACCUCAGAGGGAAAUUUGCUGCUAUUUUUGCGACUAAAUCACAAAAAGAAUGGACACAGAUAUUCUCAAAAGCUGAUGCUUGUGUAGAGCCAGUGCUCUCAAUGGAGGAAGCCAGCGAUCAUUCUCACAACACACAGCGUCAAGUGUUCCACAAGCACUCAUCCGGAGAAUUUGAACCAAUGCCUGCUCCGAGGCUAAGCCGCACUCCUGGCAAACCAGGGAGUUUCGGCCAGCCAGAGAUAGGAGAGCAUACGGUGGAGGUGCUGAAAGAGCUGAGCUUCUCCCAACAAGAUAUCCAAGAGCUCAUGGACAAUAAUACUAUAGCUCAGUCAGAACCCACUUCAAAACUGUGAACAUUUAAUUUGUAAAUUGAAAGUCAAGUAUUUUGUUAAAGAGAACAUUAAUUUAUAGUCAAAA